UCAGUGUGUGUGUGUGUGUGUGUGUGUGUGUGUGUGUGUCUCCUCCUCCUCCAAACAUGGCGCUGGCCCGCAGCUCUGUCGACGCAGAGCGGGACAUGAGGAGGACCAGCAGCGGGCAGCAGCUCAGUCUGGACGGACUUUAAAAACUCUUUUUUCAAACCAGCAUUCACUUCAGACUGUCCCCGCUUCCAUCCGGAGACUCUUCAGACUGUCCCCGCUUCCUCCAGCAGCUUCUGGACACGCUGACGCGUCACGGCCGCGCGCGUAACGGAGAGCCCACCUGUCCGACGAAGGUAGAUUUCAGUCCGUGCGCUCGAGGAUGUGAAUCUGCCUGAUUGGACCGAGAUCACGGAGCAGAGCGAGCACACAGGCGGGGAAGUGAAGCUCGCAGCCGGAGCUGGAAGCAUGUGCAGCCCCGUGAGGAGCGCACACACUCAGGCCGAGGAGGAGUGAGUGUUUCCCGGGGAAGAAAAACAACUUUUUCCGCUCUGCGCGCCGAGAGAGGAUGGAUGGAGAACAUUCUGCACUGUCAGGGGUGGAGAGGGACAGAGACCGGCUGCCCCCGAUCUACACCAGCUCCCCUCCAACUGGUUUUGUCCGUGGAGCGAAGCAGCCGUUUCCGUCUCUGGGCUCCUUCAUUUCCACGCUGAGUCAGCGCAGGGACGCCGGGGGGCGGGGCUUGGCCGGCGGCGGCAUGACGGGCACCCUGAGCAGCACCCAGUGGCUCCGACACGGGAGAGAGCUGCCGCCGAUCUGCAGCGAUGUUCGUCAGAAGCAGCGUCUCUCCAUCGACACUUUGCCCCCAGAGGUCAAAGCUCCGUUCCCCUCCGACCCCGUUAUCCCGCUGCGCACCAAGACCACCAAGGAGUUUCAGGAGGACAUGGACCGUGCCGUCCAAUCCGGCGACUGGAGGGAAGUCCGAGAGUUUUACCUGACCACGUUCGACUCCUUCAUAGAAAUCAACGCUGCCUUCAAGCGAGAGGCGAAUGGAUCAUUUAACACCAUAGACGACUCAGGAGUCAACGCCAAGUUUGUGAACGCCGUGUACGACGCGCUGCUCAGCACGCCUCAGGACAUCCAGAAGUCGGUGUUGAAAGGAAUCAUCAACAGCCUGCUGAGGGAGUGGAAAGGGCCUCGGACAAAAGAUGACCUGAGAGCUUACUUCAUCCUCGUUCAGAAUCCUCAGUAUUCCAGCACCAGCACCUACGUGAUCUACGCCCACCUGCUGAGGCAGAUCGCCGCUCUGUCUGAGGCCGACCAUCACUUCCUGGUCCACUGGCUCAAAAAGCUGUCAGCGAGGCGUUUCCGGCAGCUGGUGGAGCGCCUCCUGCAGUUCAUCUCCACCCGUCUGUUUCCUGCAGAACCAGAUGAACUUCCUCCUUUAGCCAAAUGCUCCUGGUGGAUUCCCUCUGCCACCAAAGUGCUCGGCCUGUUCAAUGCAGCCAACAGCGUCUCGUCUCCUCCCAUCAUGCCUUUCACCGACUUCUACAACAUCACUCUGGAGCACAUCGACUUCAUGGAGGAGUACCGGACCUGGCAGAACUACGGCAACUCGAACAGGUUUUCCUUCUGUCAGUUUCCCUUCAUUCUCUCGACAGUGGUGAAGAAAGCCAUCAUCCAGAAAGACUCUGAGCAGCAGAUGAUCAGUCAGGCCAGGCAAAGCCUGGUCAGUAAAGUUUCUCGCAGGCAGAGAGUGGACAUGAACCUUCUGUUCCUCAACAUUAAAGUACGACGAGCACAGCUGCUCAGCGACUCACUGGAUGAGUUGACGAGGAAGCGGUGCGACCUGAAGAAGAAGCUGCGGGUGACGUUUGUCGGGGAGGCGGGUCUCGACAUGGGCGGCUUGACGAAGGAGUGGUUCCUGCUGCUGGUCCGACAGAUCUUCCACACAGACUACGGAAUGUUCACCUACAUGAAGGACUCGCGCUGCCAUUGGUUCAGCAGUUGGAAGUGUGACAACUAUUCUGAGUUCCAGUUGGUCGGGACUCUGAUGGGCUUAGCCGUGUACAACAGCAUCGCUCUGGACAUCCACUUCCCCCUCUACUGCUACAGGAAGCUGCUGACUCCACCUACUGCCCCAUGUGACCAGAAUGCCCUCAUCGGCAUGGCGACCGCCUCCCUGGAUGACCUGCAGCAGAUCAUGCCGGAGCUGGCUCAUGGUUUGGGAGAGCUGCUGAGCUACGAAGGAAACGUAGAGGAGGACUUCUACCUCAGCUUCCAGGUGCUCCAGGAGGAAAUGGGCGUGGUCAAAUCUUACAACCUGAAGCCUGGAGGAGACAAAAUCUCCGUCACGAAGCAGAACAGGAAGGAGUACGUCCAGCUCUACGUCGACUUCCUGCUCAAUAAAUCCAUUUCGAAACAGUUUGCUGCCUUCUACCACGGCUUCCACAGCGUGUGCGCCUCUGAUGCUCUCAUGCUGCUGCGUCCGGAGGAGGUGGAGAUGUUGGUGUGCGGGAGUCCGGAGCUCGACAUGAGCGCUCUGCAGAAAGCUGCUCAGUACGAAGGAUACGGCAAGACGGACACCACGGUCCGGUGUUUCUGGGACGUGGUGUUGGCGUUUCCUCUGGAGCUGCAGAAGAAGCUCCUCCACUUCGCCACAGGAAGUGACCGCGUUCCUGUCGGAGGAAUGGCCGACCUCAACUUCAAAAUCUCCAAGAUCGACGUCCCGACUGACUGGCUCCCGAUCUCUCACACCUGCUUCAACCAGAUCUGUCUGCCUCCGUAUCGAAACAGGAAGGAGCUCAAACACAAACUCACCAUCGCCAUCUCCAACGCCGAGGGCUUCGGCCUGGAGUGACCGACCCACCACCUCCACCACCUCCACCACCUCCAACACCUCCACCACCUCCAACACCUCCAACACCUCCACCACCUCCACCCCACACACGAGUCUCUGUGGUCAGACAGAACGACUGUGACUCAGCAGUUUAUUAGUUCAGCUCUUCAUCAUCACUUCUUCUUCUUCUUCUGACUGCCAGCUUCCAUUUGUACAUGGAGGUGUUCACCUCGCCCUCUUCAGCUCCAGCAGCUUCUCAAUGCUGGUGGUCCCUCAUCUUCAGUGUCCAGCGUGUCCUCACUCAUGGACUCAACAUAGAAAGAGGAAGUGUGGAAGGAUGAGGACUGAGACACAGAGACAGAUUGAUGGAUGAAAUGUUCAGUGUGUUUGAGCUCCUCAGAAACCUCGUUUCUUCUCAGGUAACUAUCACUCAUAUCUAACAGAGGAGAUGAACCGGGGUCACGGCAUCAGUCCAGACUCAGUCCAGACUCAGUCCAGACUCAGUCCAGAUUCAGUCCAGACUCAGUCCAGACUCAGUCCAGACUCAGUCCAGUCCACACUAACAUGAAUCUUAAACCACACAGCAGAUCUGAGGUUUAUCUAUAAAUCAGUAAUCUGUAAUAAUAUAAGCUAUCACUCAAGCUUGGUGUCAUGAGAAGCUUCUGUCUGACAUUGCUGCCUGUUGUCACUGACCUAAAGGCUGCAGCACCUUUUGUUUUAAUGUUGUAAUAUGAAGCAGAGCUGAUGAUUGACAGCUCGGUGUUUGUUUAUGUUGUCAUAUUUUGAGAUGACGAGCAGAUGUUGAUGUCAGAGCCCGUCUGUUCCAGUUUAUUAAAUCCUAGAAAAAUCAGAGAAGCUUCGAUGAAGCACUCGGUGCUCAAACAUGGAGAUAUGAAAAGUCGGAACAAUGCAGAGAUCUGCAGCAGAAUCCUCAGUUUAAACUUUGUUCAAUAGAAAGUCUCUCCUCCUGCCGGUGAACGUGUCCGGAUCAGACCAGAAUCCUUUGUGCAUGAAUCAGGUUUAACGACACGUCGAGCUGCGUAAUUCAACUCAAACUAGUUUAUCUGUGUGAAACCUGGAAGCUCAGCUCGCCUCCCCCUCCUCUCCUCACUGAGGCAGCUUUCUGCUUUACGUAACGUUACGUAAGUCGGCUUACUGGACUGUAACCACGGUGACAGGGCAUGAGGACUGCACAGUAGAUUUGAUGGAGAAGUUUGAUCCCCUGCGGUCGAGGACACGCUUUGAGAACGUCGUGGUGACUUUAUCAGCAGACAGGGAAGUUCAGGAUUUCUGCUUUGAAACACUCAGCAGACUCUGACAUCAGGUCGCCAUGCAAGAGAAAUGCAGACGUUACUGAGCAACAGUGAGGCAGCUCGUAUCCGUCUGACCCGGGUCACUCACUGAAAAGGAGAGGAGGAGGAGGAGGAGGAGGAGGAGGAGGAGGAGGAGGGAUCCUUUCUGUUAGUUAAAGACACGUCCAGACAGACGAGGCUCGUCCACGUUCAUGUCACGUCUGUAAAACCUGGGACGUGUUUGUAGGAUUAGAGUGUUGAUGUAUUUGUGGAUGUGUUGAUCUGACCCCAGGUCUGUCUGCAUGUGAAGGGACCAAACUGUGUCGGGUUAUACAGUGGGAUGGACGGCAGCGCAAAGACCUGAUUGGUCCGUUUGAAAAUAGUUCAGAUGGAUUCAGAGGAUUGUUGAGAUGUAAUUAUUUUCACCUGUCACUCAUAAAGUCGUAUUGUAUUUUCAUGGUUUGAUUAUUUAACACAUCGGGUCGGGUCAGACUUUCUCUCUCUGGAGGGAACGACCUCACGUGACCCGUUUCUGAGAUGUCUUAUAUAAUGUCUGUAUGUACUGCAGCGUCUCCACACAGUGUUUACUGUGCAGUAAAGGCCGAGGGC